UCUGCUUUCUCUACAAGGGAAUGGUUGAAAUGUCUUUAAAGUACUUAUUAAAAGGUGUAUUGGCCACCGGGGAGCGGGGAAGAGGGGCGCGGGAGACGAGCACUAAGAUGGCCGCUCCGGCUCGGGCUGUUGUCAGAUGCUUCAAAUGUUAUGAACAGAGACUUGUUUGGAUUAUGUGUUUCUCAGCUAGACUAAAUAAAUUCUAACAAUGGAUAAGUGCAAACACAUUGGGCAGUUGCGGCUUGCUCAAGACCAUUCCUUCCUCAACGCUCAGAAAUGGCAUUGUGUGGACUGCAGUACAGCUGAGUCUAUUUGGGCUUGUCUUAGCUGUUCCCAUGUGGCCUGUGGAAGAUACGUUGAAGAACAUGCACUCAAGCACUUUCAAGAAAGCAGUCAUCCUGUUGCAUUGGAGGUGAACGAGGUGUAUGUUUUUUGUUACCUUUGUGAUGAUUAUGUUCUUAAUGAUAAUGCAAUUGGAGACCUGAAGUUACUACGAAGUACAUUAAGUGCAAUCAAAAGUCAAAAUGAUCACUGCACCACUCGUAGUGGAAGGGUUUUACGGUCUAUGGGUACAAGUGAUGAUUCUUAUUUCUUACAUGAUGGCACCCAAUCUCUGCUUCAAAAUGAAGAUCAAAUGUAUACUGCUCUUUGGCACAGGAGAAGGAUACUAAUGGGUAAAAUCUUUCGAACUUGGUUUGAACAGUCACCCACUGGAAGAAAAAGGCAAGAACAAUUUCAGCAAAAAAUAGCAAAAAGAGAAGUGAAGAAAAGACGGCAAGAAUUAGAGUAUCAAGUUAAAGCAGAAUUGGAAAGUACGCCUCCAAGAAAGAGUUUACGUUUGCAGGGUCUAGCUGAGUCCACCACGAUAGAAAUAGUUCUUGUUCAAGUACCACUGCAAGCCUCCGCAUCACCAGCAAAAGAUAAAGUAGUAUCUACCUCAGAAGAUGUAAGACUAAAAGAAGCCAGUGACUCCUCUGUUAAACGAAGGCCAUCAGUAACUCCUGGUGUAACAGGAUUGAGAAAUUUGGGAAAUACUUGCUAUAUGAAUUCUGUUCUUCAAGUGUUAAGUCAUUUACUUAUUUUUCGACAAUGUUUUUUAAAACUUGAUCUGAACCAAUGGCUAGCUGUGACAGCUAGUGAUAAAACAAGAUCAUCUUAUAAGCAUCCUCCAAUCACAGAUACAGUAUAUCAAAUGAAUGAAUGCCAAGAAAAAGAAACAUGCUCUGUUCGCUCCAGACAUCCAAGUUUAUCAUCAGGACUAAGCGGUGGAGCAUCAAAGAGUAGAAAGAUGGAACUUAUUCAGCCAAGGGAGCCAAGUUCACAAUACAUUUCUCUCUGUCAUGAAUUGCACACUUUGUUCCAAGUCAUGUGGUCUGGAAAGUGGGCCUUGGUCUCACCAUUUGCUAUGCUACACUCAGUAUGGAGACUAAUUCCUGCUUUUCGUGGUUAUGCCCAACAAGAUGCUCAGGAAUUUCUUUGUGAGCUUUUGGAUAAAAUACAACAUGAACUAGAGACAACUGGUACCAGGUUACCAGCUCUUAUCCCCACUUCUCAAAGGAAACUUAUCAGGCAGGUUCUGCAUGUUGUAAAUAACAUCUUUCACGGACAACUUCUUAGUCAGGUUACAUGUCUUGCAUGUGACAACAAAUCAGAAAUCUUAAACGUGGAGCCCUAUUGCUGCAGGAAGUCCCUGAAAUCCCUCAGACCAGAAUGUUUUCUCUAUGAUUUAUCUGCUGUAGUAAUGCACCACGGGAAAGGAUUUGGCUCAGGACACUACACUGCCCACUGUUAUAAUUCCGAAGGAGGGUUCUGGGUACACUGCAAUGAUUCCAAGCUAAGCAUGUGCCCUAUGGAUGAAGUAUGCAACGCCCAAGCUUAUAUCUUGUUUCAUACCCAGCGAGUUACUGAGAAUGGACAUUCUAAACUCUUGCCUCCAGAACUCCUGUCUGGUAGCCAGCAUCCCAAUGAAGAAGCUGAUGCCUCUUCUAAUGAAAUCCUUAGCUGA